AUGGCACGGAUCAAAGCCGAGAUUAUCCAUGAGCGCAUGAAAACUCGCUCGGCCUCUGAAAACUCAGUAUCUGGUGAGCUAUCUACUGAUCGCAUGAUCUCACGUCAAGCCAUUCAGCACUGGACUGUUGGAUGCGACAAGCCCGACAACAUCAAAAGUCUUGAACCCGACGAUCUUGAAGUCAUAACUGAAUUUGUCAGCGAAUGGUGCGAUGCCGGAAACAAAGUUUGGCCAUCCAUGGGCGUCAAUUCGAACUGGGCCGACGCACGCGUUGCAAUCUGCAAUUAUGGCUGGUUUAACCCCUGCAGCCGUGAGGAGAUCGACAAUGCCUGGAAGACGAUUGACGAUGUAUGCGACAAGAAGGAUGGCAAGCCGGCUACAGGCUGGUGGUACGAAGGCGACAGGCUCAAGGCUUACGAGCGCAGUCAAUGCAGCCAGCGCAAAGUUUGCGGUAGAAGCAUGGUGGAUUGCUCGAAUACGGAGGGUAUUGAUUCGGUUCCGAUACAGAUCUAG